CCAAAGUUCGGGAAGAACUGUAUUUUCAGAACUAUAUGAAUGAUCCUAAUGCUCCAGGAGGACAACCAGCUACUCAGCAAUCUGGCCCGAGAGAUAGACCUAUGAAACGUAAACCAGGUAUGGAGAACAGACUUAGGGAUGACCGAGGUGGACGCAGAGAACGUGACGGACGUGCCAACGGAAAUGACAGAAAUGAUCGGUCAGAGGAUCAACAGAGAGGUGAUGGUGAUGGUCCUGAUGGUGGAAAUCCGGGGGAAGGUGGGUACGAUGCAUUUGGUGGACAAGCAGGUGUUCAUGUUCCUCCCUUCUUAUCGGAUAUAAACCCACCACCAAUGCUGAUGCCUGUUCCCGGUGCCGGACCACUGGGACCAUUUGUACCAGCACCACCUGAAGUUGCGAUGCAGAUGUUCAGGGACCCAAGUGGACCCAACCCUUCUUUUGAAGGUAGCGGCAGAGGUGGACCUGCUCCUUUUCUUUUGUCUCCGGCCUUCCGACAGGAUCCUAGACGGCUACGCAGCUACCAAGACCUAGAUGCUCCCGAGGAAGAGGUGACUGUUAUUGAUUACAGGAGCUUGUAGACAAGGAGCUAUAGCGAUGCCAAGUUUACCCAUUCGGGUCAGGUCGGUUUAAUGGAAUGAUGAAUAGAAGGCGAACUAGCUCUGAUUUGUGAUGUAUUUAUAUUUUUGUUCCUCCUAAUUUUCACACACGCACUCCAUAUAUUUCCCUUAUUGCUUUUCAUGUGCUUACUGAUUCUGUUGGACGAAUACGUAAAUGUGCAUGAGAAUUUCUUGUA